CCCACAACCUGCCCUGAGCCAAGAUAUCAAGCCCCUACAAAAACCCCUACAGCAAGCUCUACAGGUGGAACCAUCACUAACUCUCCACUAUACCUAGUUGCUUAUCAUUGGCGAAAUGAAAAGUCCCUUCCUGAGGAUGCAUUUUAGCUAGACGGAGCUAUACGAAUACGGUCGCGAGCAAGCUUACACAUACCUAGGUAUGUUACAAUGGACUGAACUCACCGUCUUUACCAGUCAGUCAAGCCAUCCGUUUGCAUUUAAUGCGCCCAAUCGCCUCUUCCUUGAUCUUACAUGUUUUAAUUACCAAGUCGCUCCUUAGUCCCUGAUUUCUUCGCACUCGCAAGUAGCAAUGGCUCCGAAGACCUCGGAGACGAGCGCGAUGACGCGCCUUCUGACCAUCGUCGCCGUCCUCGUCGGCUUGUUCACGCCCAUCGUCUACCUUCUGGAGCAACGCCUCGAGAGCUUCUACAUCUUCAAGACGGAUGAGUUGCACGAUCUCGCGCAGCGCGCCAUCAAAGCUCACGGCAAUGACACGGGCGCCAUUGUCAACUACAUCGUAGGGGAGAUCGGGGAGCGACACCCUUAUCACGCCAACUCCCACCGACACGAUGACCCUGACGAGUGGAUGUUCAACAAUGCUGGCGGCGCAAUGGGCGGCAUGUAUCUUAUUCAUGCUAGUUUCACCGAAUACUUGAUUAUCUUUGGUACAGCAGUGGGAACGGAAGGCCACACCGGCCGCCACACCGCAGACGACUACUUCCACAUCCUGACAGGCGAGCAAUGGGCGUACACGCCUGGUGACUACAAGCCCGAGGUCUUCCCCGCCGGUUCCGUGCACCACCUGCACCGCGGUACCGUCAAGCAGUACAAGAUGCCCGAGGGCUGCUUCGCGCUCGAGUACGCUCGCGGCUGGAUCCCGCCUAUGCUUUUCUUCGGCUACGCCGACGGCUUGUCCUCCACCCUCGACCUGCCUACCCUCUGGCGCACCACCUACAUCACCGGCCGCGAGAUGUUAGGCAACCUGGCGCUGGGCAAGUUCUAAAUCAAGACCCUUGAUUAUUAGACUAGAGAUUAUUGCUAUGAUGCUUCGCUAGACGAUUAGUUAGGCCAGCCAAAAUGGCUGGACACAUAGUACAGCUUUUGGGCAUAGCGUUGGGGCGUCUUAGACCUCGUCUAUUCAUCAAUCAUAAAACUAGAUCUAGACUAAUAAUUGAAUAAUUUCACAAGGACCAAGAUAUUGAGAAUAGGGCCAA